GGGGGGGCGUCCGGAGAGAACUCUGAAGGCUUUAAGCUCGGGACCGCGUCACAUGGCUUUUCCACUUCGCGCAGGCAUACGUGAUCCAGUUUUGCAUGGUCGCUCGUCGCCUAUGAAGCAGAACCCGCUGUGAUGUGGCCGCUGGUGAUGAUCGGUUUCACGGCGUGUUUCGUGGCCGGCCGCGCGCAGUUCCCACGUCCGUGCGCCACGCGGGAGGCGUUGCGCACCAGGCAGUGUUGCCCUCUCUGGGAGGGGGACGGUUCGGCGUGCGGGGCCCGGUCGGGCCGCGGGUUCUGUCAGGACGUGGAGGUGCGGGACCAGCCCGAUGGGCCGCAGUACCCCUUCACCGGGAUGGACGACAGGGAGAAAUGGCCUCUGGUCUUCUACAACCGCACCUGCCAGUGCGCGGGGAACUUCAUGGGCUUCAACUGCGCCGACUGCAAGUUCGGCUACUUCGGCGUGAACUGCAAUGAGAGGAGAGAGUCCGUCCGGAGGAACAUAUUCCAUCUGUCCAGGGCCGAGAGGAUCAAGCUGGUGUCGUACCUGAACCUGGCCAAGCAGACCGUCAGCAGGGACUACGUUGUGGCCACGGGGACCUACAGGCAGAUGGAGAACGGCACCAAGCCCAUGUUCGCCAACGCGUCCGUGUACGACGUGUUCGUGUGGAUCCAUUACUACGUGUCGCGGGCCGCGCUGCUCGGCGGACCGGGGAACGUGUGGACCGACGUGGACUUCGCGCACUGGGCGCCCGCGUUCCUCCCGUGGCACCGCGUGUACCUGCUGCACUGGGAGCACGAGAUCAGGAAGCUGACCGGAGACACGGCCUUCAGCGUCCCGUACUGGGACUGGAGGGACGCGCGAGGCUGCGACGUCUGCACCGACGACCUAAUGGGCGGCCGAAACCCCCAGGACCCCAAUCUGCUCAGCCCAGGGUCCGUGUUCUCAUCCUGGAAGGUCAUGUGCUCCAGAGCCGAGGAGUACAAUGACCGAGGGGUGUUAUGUGAUGCCGAGGAAGAGGGCCCGCUGCGCCGUAACCCUGGCAACCACAACCGCAACAUGGUCGAGCGCUUGCCGACCUCGGCGGAUGUGGAGUUCACCCUGAGUCUCGCCAGCUACGACACCGGAGCCAUGGACCGUAGUGCCAACAUGAGCUUCAGGAACACUUUGGAAGGAUUCGGGGAUCCUCAGACCGGCCUGGGCAACAGCACUCGUAUGGGCAUGCACGCGGCUCUGCAUGUGUUCAUGAACGGGUCCAUGACCUCAGUGCAGGGCUCAGCCAACGACCCCAUAUUCCUCAUCCACCACACCUUUGUUGACAGUAUUUAUGAGCAGUGGCUCAGGAGGCACAGACCGUCUCCAUCCCAGUAUCCAGAGUCUGAUGCUCCUAUUGGGCACAACAGUCAGUACCACAUGGUCCCCUUCCUGCCCCUACACAGAAACAGAGAUUUUUUCAUUUCCAGCAAGGACCUGGGAUAUGAAUACGCCUACAUGCUGGAUGCCAACCAGAGGCUGGCGGAGUCCAUCCAUCCGUACCUGGAGGAGCUGCAGGGCGUGUGGCCCUUCCUGCUGCUCUCGGCUCUGCUGGGAGGAGCCGUCACCGUGGCCGCGGCCGCGGCGCUUCUCAGCGUGAAGCGGCGCUACAAAGUGUGGCCCUGGCCGCAUGUGAGGAAGUGGAAGGAUUUGUUCGCGCUCCCGGAGAGGCAGCCUCUGAUCUGGAGCGAGCGCGAUGAGGCAAACAGCCACUCUAACUACCAAACUACUAUAUGAAGACAUAUUAGAGCACAGCGAAAUGUUUAUUAUUUAAUGUCAGUAACAAAAGAGAUUAAUGAUGGUUUUGUUACACAUGUAACGUUUCUGCGCGUUCCACCCACAUUCUUGUCAGGUUCUACCCAUUAGGUCAUUUUAGACAUGGUCUGUGUGACACGGUUACGGUUUCUGUCAUAGAACUCGUCCAUAUUGACUCUUCGCAUUUAUUCUGAGGUUGACAUGGGUUUAGCUGAUUACCUUCUAAAUCAGCUUAUGCGGUGUGUUGCAUCAGUCAUGUUCUCAGGCAUUUAUUGUGAGGACAUGGUUCCCUGCAUGCACCCAACUGUCAUCUGGAGUAGGAACCUAACUCUUUGGAUAAACUUGCAAACGCCUCGAGGGGCAUUCUUUUUAUUUUUAUGUGGGAGUCAGCUAAACCACAUUUUUAAUUGAUUUGUGUUUGUGGUGGUGUGCUGAGAUAAUGUCUGCUCAGAUGUCAAGGUCUAAGUCGUUGCUUAAUAUUCUGUCCUUAGUUCUGUAAUGGCUGAGUAAAAAAAAAAAAAAAACUUUUGACAUUUGUAAAAGUCACUACAAUCCCCAAAGUUUCACGUGGUUCAACUUUUUUUGCUUGAAAGGUCACGACUACUUUAUUCUACGAGUGCGUUCCACUUCGUGGUCACGUCUCAGCAGCUGAGAGUUCGGUGUCAAUACGGCCCUGAAAAAACUCAUAGUUGACCAGUAUGUUUGCAUGAAGCACUCCAGAUUUAGAAGGUUCACACCAAGGUUUAUUUCUGGUAUGUAAAAUUGAUUUCAAGAUUUCAAGGCUCAUCUGGCCAAAUUCCCUUCAAACCAACCACAUGCUGUCUAACACGGCGUAUUCAUAAUACAGUACUUUGCUCACGUGAGCCUCAGAUAUUACAGUACAUUUUAAUAAUUAAAACUCUACUAUGAAGCUCUCACAAAGAAAACCGAUGAAUACGUAAUUGAAUGUUCAUAUGAACAAUUCAACAAAUCUUUAUAUUCCAAGUGUCAUUUUAGUCCCAGGAAACUGUUGUAUGUCUUGUAAUUUGUUUUUCCAAUGGACAUUUUAGAGAUGGCAAUUUCCAACAUAAAGCAGUUUUACUGUCACACAAAUAUGGGAGCGCAUCCAAAAAGACAGCGUUUAGCCGGACACUGUGAUACUGGUGGACAAGACGAUGCAACAAUUUAUAAAACUGCAGAAUGGAAUGAAAAUAUAUCUAAAUAUAUAUUUUUUAUAUAUAUAAGCAGUUGAAAGUUUACAAUUUCAUAUACAGUAUGUGCGGAUGAAAAAAAUGGAAAUUUACAGAUAGACUCAUCCUUUAGCAAACAUUGUUAAAACCAAACUGGUCCCAACAGUGAGCAGUUGUAUGAAAGGCUUAAUGGUUGUGAAAUAAAGCAUGGUCACGCUGA